UCGAAAGAAGAACGGAUGAGGAGACACGGUAGCUGGCUACACCAGUCCUCGGCCUACAAACAAUACUUCUCCACCGUGUCGUUGUCUCGUCACAUGUCUGCAGCGACGGAUACUUAGCACCAUUUGUAACCGUUUACACACAGACGUUUGGACCAUCAUGUCGAGACAUACAGUGAAGAGCAUCUUCCUUCCGACUUUGGCGAUUACGCUGGUGGUUCUUGUGUACCAGUUUCUUUGGGCUGGUGAUUUGUCAACGCAGGCCAUUGGACGGAUUCCCACAACGUCUCUACUUGGUAAAGAUAGGGAGAAUGUCUCCAAUACUGUUGGUCAGAACACAUCUGGUACAUAUGACAAAUGGCUCAUCUUAUCAUCAUUUGCUGAGAAGAACGACAUCAGAGUGGCGGGAUGGAGAGUACUGUUGCUAACAAGUACAACGAAAUCUAAAUCAGUUUGCAGGUCACCGUGGUGUGUUACUUGGAACACAAUAAACACGUCACAUGACGCUGUUGAAGAUGGGAACCGUGCUUAUCUCUAUGCCAUAUCUCAUGGGGCAAGUCUCAUAUGUCUCAUCCAUCACUUGAACAUACAUGUGUUGGAAAUGUUGAAAAGAAUUACAAAUAAUCUUCCCCAAUCUGGCUUAGUUCUUAUGACAAACAAAACGUUCUUUGAACCCAACAUGGCACCAAUCACAACUGGGAACAAAUCAAGAAAUCUCUUGGAAGAAAAGUCAUCAUUUAAUGAAUUUUACAUUGAAGAACAUUUAAACCCUUUGAUUCUGUCAGUAUUCUAUCCCCAAAUGCUUAAAAGACAUACAGGCUCACUACAAGAACAUGACACAUAUUCUAAAUCCAUUAGCCAACACCCCCCAAUAUUUCUUCCAUGUAAAACAUUCACCUCCUUAAGUUUAGAUUUGAUGAUGUUCCAGUACAAUGCCUUCUGGGCUCUUCCUUUGAUGAGUGUCAUCAGAGGGGAUAUUAUAGUGCAACGUGUCUUAUGGGAUGUUAGGGGCAGGACUGGUAUUUAUCCUCUUUCUGUGGAACUAGAGUCGGAUACAUUGAACACCACUUCUUCAAAACCUUUGAUUGACGUUUUGCAGUUUUGGCAAUGUAAAGGGGAUCUCGAUGUGUUACAAUGUAUGAGUGACUUAUUAAAACUCCUGAAAGAAAAUAAACUCCUUACUUUACGAGACAUACAUUUAGUGGAUGGAUGGAUCUCUGAUUUAAGGUCUAUCCAUUAUCAACUUCCAAAACGGACUGCUCAAAAGAGAAUUAUUCAUUUGAAGAAAAAUCUUACAGCUGGAAUUAUUUCUUUGCCGACAAUCUCCACAUCUAUGAGCAAAGAGACAAAGGACAUUCUUGGCACUGUAUGUCCAAAAACUGCCAUAGCAUUCCCUAAUAUGACUAUUAAUGAUAUAGCACUUAUAAUAUCCUUUAAUGAGCCAUCAUUGUAUGCAAAUAUUCCAAUAUUAGAAGCCAUGUAUCGCCCUUAUUUCCAUAGCAUCAUUUUCUGUGGACCAAAGAUCAAUACGUUCACAUCCUCUGUUCAUAAAACAAGCACAGGGUAUUUCAUAUACAUGGAGCUCUUGAAGAGAGGUUGGUACUACAUGUAUGAAUGCACCGUUGAGGCCAUGAAGCUCAACGUCGAUGUGAAAGGAUUCUUACAGAUUGGAGAUGACACUCUGAUUAACCCUUGGAACAUUGACACACUGCCACGUGAUAAGAUCUGGCUGCAUACGGGAAUCAGGCGUGAAAACGUCUCUGACAAAGAGAUUAAUCCGUGGUGGAUGUAUUGGAAAGGGGGUAAACCAAGGAUACUAGCCGUCAUUGAUGAAAUACGGAACAUGUCAAAGCCAAAGUCAACAAGAUCUUUUGUACAUCGCUUUCUUCACAAUUUUCAGCAUAACUCAAACAAUUUUUCAAAUAUAUUUAUUCAAAGCUGUGAUUUUAUGUACGUACCAGCUUCUUUUGAAAAUAAUUUCACAUUUGUGGCUGACUUGUUGUUGAAACAUGACGUCAUGAUGGAAAUAGGAUUUGCAAAUAUUGCCCAUGGCCUUCAGAUGAGGAAAGACAUUCAUUUUGUAAAAGAUGGCAGCCUUUGGGAUAAUAGGGACAAAUAUAUGGACGUGUAUAACAGAAAAGAUAUAUUUUUACAUCCCUUCAAGAUUAAGUCUUACCUUUCUCAAGAAUCAGGGAGAAAUUUCUUUUGUAAUACAUAUCUCAAUGUAUUCAAUCAUACACACGAUUGAUAACAAAAGUAAACACGAAUUGGUGAAGGUUUAUUCAUGGAAACCAAAUUAUAUUUAUGAAUCAUUUCAUAGAUACACAUUUAUUAUAACAUUUUAUGUUCUAGGUUUUAGAUAAAUGUAAAUAUAAUUUCAUUCAAAACCUGUUGUCUGAUCAACGGGCUGGGCAAGGAGUAUCAAUGAGGCCUGUGAACAUCUAUGUGCUCGACGGUUCCUGCGACCCACUGUACAUUGAAUAGAUGAGCAGAUGUGGGGAUAUUUAACUAUAAAGGGUUCUUGGGUUUCGGUCACUUGGAUAGCAAUUUAACCGAACUUUAGCGUUCGGUACAUACACACCACCACCCCUUUUUUAAUGUAAAAUGAGUUAAAGGUAUCUUACCGGUGAUGUUGAGUUUGUGAUGCCAACUGAAUUAGUUUAGUUUACUUAAUAUAGAUAUAAUUGAAUUAAAUUAUAAAUACAAACCUAUAGAACGUUGAAGUCGUGACAUGUGCAAUGUCAAUAUUUUGAACUGUGUCACACACACAUACCCAUGGCUUGACCAGUUGAAAUAGAUCUUAUAUGAAUUCAGUUGGUUUUGUUGCUAUUAUGGUGUAUUUGCUUGUUGGAUGGGGUUUUCUUACAGGGAAAUCUAAAUACUUAAUUUUAGUUUCACAUUUUUUGGCUUAACCCCAUAUUCAGCAUUUUUCGGAUGAUGACUUAAUAAUAAUAGGCCAGAGAGGAAUGUGUGUAUCUUCGAGUUCCUGUAUUUAAUUCAGGUCCUCUAGGUCAAUAUAGAGCCUGAUAAUUUGUAAUUCUUAAUUCAUCUUGUAGAUUGACAAUACAGAUAAAAUGAAAAGAUACAUAACAUUUAAAUAUAUGAUAUGGGUCUCUUUCAGAUUAAUUUAAAGGCGGAUUCCUUCGUCCACUGUGGAACACCUGUAUUUAUGUUUUUAUAUUUCUAUGUUCAUCUAAUUUUUUUUAGUUUGCAAAGAAAAAAAUGUUCCCUGUGGUUUAUCGAAGUCAAAUACCCGUUGCAGCUCAUUAUUGUACAUUACAAUUUGUAAUAGUAGAUUAUGGCUAAUAUUAAAUAAAUAAAAGUGAUUUCGGCUAAUUGCAGAGGCUGAGCAGAUAAAAAUAAGAGGAAGGAAGUACUGAAUAUUUGGAGAAAAAGAAAGGUCUCUAUUGUUUGUUUGCAAGACAUUCACAUUUCAAAAAAUGAUGUUACUCUUAUGAGGAAUGAAUGGGGUAUACAAAGCAUAAUUGCACCAUAUAAAUCUAAUGUUAGAGGUGUUGCUAUAAUGUUUAACAAUAAUGUAAACAUUACAAUUCAUAGCUCUAAAAUAAAUGAAAAUGGCAAUUAUAUAAUAGAUGAUAUAACUCUAGAAGGUACAAGACUAACAUUAACUAAUCUCUAUGGACCUAAUAGUUAUGACCCUGAUUUUUAUAAAAAUCUAUUUGACAAUAUGGACAACUUCGAAAAUGAUUAGUUAUUGUUGGGGACUGGAACCUUAUUCUUAAUCCUGCAGUUGAUUUAGAAAAUUAUAUAAAUAUAUAUAUGAAACUAAAGCAAGACAGAUAGUUUUGAAAAGAAUAGAAUCGUUAAAUAUGAUAAAUAUAUGGAGAGAACUAAAU